GGGCGGAACUACAGUGCGCGCUGCCGCGUUUCCGGGCGGCUGCACUCAGGGAGGGACACUGUGCGCGGCCAACUUAGCCGCCGCGGCGGGGCCGGAACGCGGCCAUGAAGUUUAGGGCCAAGAUCGUGGACGGGGCCUGCCUGAACCAUUUCACACGAGUCAGUAACAUGAUAGCAAAGCUUGCCAAAACCUGCACCCUCCGCAUUAGCCCUGAUAAGCUGAACUUCAUCCUUUCAGACAAGCUGGCCAAUGGAGGGGUGAGCAUGUGGUGUGAGCUGGAACAGGAGAACUUCUUCAGCGAAUUUCAAAUGGAGGGUGUCUCCAGGGAAAACAAUGAGAUUUAUUUAGAGCUAACAUCGGAAAACUUAGCUCGAGCCUUGAAAACUGCCCAGAAUGCCAGAGCCUUGAAAAUUAAGCUGACCAAUAAACACUUUCCCUGUCUCACAGUGUCUGUAGACCUGUUAUCUGUGUCAAGCAGUAGCCGCAUUGUGACACAUGACAUCCCCAUAAAAGUUAUUCCUAGAAAAUUGUGGAAGGACUUACAAGAACCUGUGGUCCCUCACCCUGAUGUUAGUAUUUAUUUGCCAGUCUUGAAGAUUAUGAAGAGUGUUGUGGAGAAAAUGAAAAACAUCAGCAGUCACCUUGUUAAAAUACUCAAUUUGCAGGUUAUUGAAGCAAACCUAAAUGGAGAAUUGAACUUGAAAAUAGAAACUGAGUUAGUGUGUGUUACAACUCAUUUUAAAGAUCUUGGAAAUCCUCCAUCAGCCUCUGAAGAUGCCUCUCAAGACAGAAACCCAGAGCAAAUGGCUGAAGUGCACUUAGAAAUCAGGAAGCUCCUACAAUUUCUUGUUGGACAACAAGUAAACCCUACGAAGGCUUUAUGCAAUAUUGUGAGUAACAAGAUGGUGCAUUUUGAUCUGCUUCAUGAAGAUGUCUCCCUUCAGUAUUUCAUCCCGGCACUAUCCUAGCACGCCCUUGCCAGAUUGGGGUGCACAGAGACUGUCCUAAUGGGGAGAGGCCAUAGGUGAUGUGUUCUGACUAAUUCGUCUGUGUCUUCACAGCACCACAAAUCAACGCACUGUACUUACUUGUCCCUCUAAAAUACUUUAACUAAAAAUUGAAUUAAUGAACAACAGUUGGAUAAACAUAU